GAAAGAGAGGACCAAAACAAGCCCUUAUCUCAGACUCUACCACGAAAGAUCGAGAUAGCUGACGCUCCAGAAACCCAAGCCUCUGAAAUUUUUAGAGAGAGAGAGAGAGAGAGAGAGGGUGUGAAUUUCAAGGCAAAAGCUCAGGCACACCCCCCGGUAAAAUCUCUCUCUCUCUCUCUCUAAAUCUCUUUCUCUCUCUCUCUGUGUAUAUAUAUAUAUAUACGUGUAGAAUCUGCGAUUCCUACUUCUUUCUUUCGAUUGUUGGUCGCUGCUUCAGGUACAUUCAGGAUAGAGAAUGAGUACACUAGACGUAGCCAGAGCAGAACUUGCUCUUGUGGUUCUGUAUUUGAACAAAGCUGAAGCCAGGGACAAGAUAUGCAGGGCAAUACAAUAUGGUUCAAAAUUUUUGAGUGACGGACAGCCUGGCACAGCCCAAAAUGUUGACAAAUCAACCAGCUUGGCUCGAAAAGUUUUCCGUCUUUUUAAGUUUGUCAACGACCUGCAUGCUCUUAUCAGUCCAACUCCUCAAGGAACUCCUCUUCCACUUGUUUUGCUGGGAAAGUCUAAAAACGCAUUACUGUCAACUUUCUUGAUUCUUGAUCAAGUUGUCUGGCUUGGGAGGACGGGCAUUUAUAAGAACAAAGAACGUGUAGAGCUACUUGGCAGGAUAUCUCUUUUCUGUUGGAUGGGUUCCUCAGUCUGCACUACAUUGGUUGAGGUUGGGGAGCUUGGAAGGCUUUCCUCAUCAAUGAAGAAGUUAGAAAAGGAUCUUAAGGGUAGUGAUAAACAUAAGAAUGAGCAGUACCUUAGUAAACUUAAAAAGUCAAAUGAGAGGUCCCUAGCCCUCAUUAAAGCAAGCAUGGACAUAGUGGUUGCAGUUGGGCUGCUUCAACUGGCACCAAAGAAAGUCACUCCUCGUGUAACAGGAGCCUUUGGAUUUGUUAGCUCUCUCAUCUCUUGUUAUCAGUUGCUUCCGUCGCCACAGAAAGCCAAGACAUCCUGAAGGAGGCAGCCCCAUUUGUCCAACAAGCUUCACUGUUUAUUUAAAUAAUCUUUCAGACUCUUGAUAUAUAUCCAUGUUAGUGUAUGAUUUUGAGCAAUUUGCUGACAUGUAGGGUGAGAUUCACAUUUAGUCUUCCCCUUUUGAUAGUAAUAAUAUGUUGUGUCCUUUACAUUCAAAUAUUCUUAACACAAGAAUUGGUCACUUGUCCAUCA